GAGAGAGAGAGAGAGAGAGAGCACGACAGAAAAUGGCGGACUACCACUUCGUGUACAAGGACGUGGAAGGAGCAUCGACGCAGUGGGACGAUAUUCAGAGAAAAAUUGGCAACCUCCCUCCGAAGCCCCCUGCGUUCAAACCCCCUCCUUUCGCACCCGCCGAAGAACUAGAUUCCAAACCCAAAGACAAAGCUUGGAUCGAUGACAAGACCGAAGAAGAGCUCGAAGAUCUCGAAGAUGACCCCGAUCUGGACGACGAUCGCUUCCUCCUAGAAUACAGGAAGAAGAGGUUGGCAGAGAUGAGAGAAGUAGCUAAGGUUUCGAGAUUUGGAUCAGUGAUUCCGAUUUCUGGUUCGGAUUUUGUGCGCGAGGUUUCACAAGCUCCACCGGACGUUUGGGUUGUCGUGAUCUUGUACAAGGAUGGGUAUCCAGAAUGCAGGGUACUUUUGCAAUGUUUGGAAGAACUGGCGGCAAGAUACCCCGCAACAAAAUUUGUUAAGAUAAUUUCUACUGAUUGCAUUCCUAAUUAUCCAGAUCGUAAUCUUCCCACUUUGUUGGUGUACAACAAUAGUGCUGUCAAGGCAAAUUAUGUGGGCUUGCAUAGUUUUGGUCGGAGCUGCUCUCCGGAAGGUGUUGCGUUAGUUCUCUGCCAGUCGGAUCCUGUGCUUACUGAUGGCCAGAGUGGUAAUGAACAGUCUAGAAAAGCUGUACUUGAUGGAGUGAGGAAGAGGUUUAUAGAGAAGGUGGUUACAGAGCAUGAAGACGACGAUGAUGGAUCUUCAAGUGAUUAGGAUCGUAGAUCUUUUUUGCCUCAUCCUAUUUUGCCUUUCUUUUGGUAAUUUAGAGGAGAUUUUGUGCUGUGUAGUGAUGAAGCUAUUGGCCUUACUUUGAUUUGUGCUACUUAUGCUUGCUUUUGCCAGUUUUUGUUUUUUAUUUUCAAUUGUUUAAACUAAUAUGUAUUUAUCUGAUGUCUCGCAUGUUUUGUAAACCCCAAAAUCAAUUACAUAAGGAUCUCAUGUUGUUGGUGUACUCUCUUUUCUGAAUGUUGUGCUUCAU